UCAACGUGGUUGAGUCUUUUGCCUAUUGGGAUGUAGGAUGGCUGAGGUUUGUUCCUAGUGUUUUGGCUUGAUUGCUAGAUGUAUGAUAGGGGUUAUGCUUUAUGAACUCACAAUGCAAUGAUUGUCUCACUCAGCUAUGAGCUGACCCUCUUUUAUCAUUUUCCUCCGCUUAUGCCAUGUGUAAGAAGUUCAUCAUCAACAACAACAGUAGAUAAGUGUAUAGGUGGAAGCUGAGCAAGAGUUGAAGGCAAGAUGAGGUAUGGUCUUCAACUAUUCUGUGCUUGGACGACUACUCGGGGUUUUGGCCAAUGAUCCACACAUUUUUGUAAAAAUGUUGAGAACGUUUUUCAUGUGCAUACUAGCUUCUGAUGUAGUGUGAGAUAUCCACAGGUGUGGAAAGUUGAUGAUAUGUGUAUAUUUGUGUGGUUGUGUAAGUUGUGACGAUUAUGGCAUGCAUAAGUAUGGUAUGUAGUUGCAGAGUAUGAAACUGUGACUAUGGCUAACUAAAGCCAAUGUAUAUGGUUGUGGGUAUAUAUGUAUGUAUAUGGAUGCAGAGAUUCAAAUGAAUUAUUUUGCAGGUCUAGUUGCUAAAACUGUUAGCCCAUUACGCGAGUAAUUCAUGUUGAAUUUUAAUUUGGAUAAAUUUUGUGUAUUAAUGUAACACCCAAGUUAGAUUUUGCUGCAAUUACAUUAACAAUAUGAUUAGACAAAAUAUACAUGAUACUGCAAUAUCCUUGCUCCGUAUGAUGCUUUAAGUCUCCAUCACUUACUUUUUUGAAACUCGAGGACUUCCUUCAAUCCUCAUCACGCAAUUUAGCUGUUGUUACUCUUCCCCCUUCUCUAUGUAUCUCUACCUUUCCAUCAAAUUUCUGAACUCACGCUCUUAAAUUCGAUUUUAGUUUUUGCAUCUCUAGAAUUAAUCCACGACUUAUGGCCCUUCCACAAUUUAGGUGAAUAAAAAUUCAGUUGUAUAUUCAUAAAAAACUCGCUUUAACUUUCACAUAUAAAAGUCACCAUUCAUCACACAAAAAAUCAUACUUUAUAACAAAGUUUCAUACUCUAUGUAAAUUUAAUUCUAUAAUAAAUCUUAAUUUUCCUCACAUACUUUGUACGCAAAGUAAUUAAAAAGGCUUAAUUGCAAGUUUGGUCACUCGAAUUGCUACAAAAUUUCACGUUUGCCACUCAAAUUAAUUUAUUCCAUUUAUAGUCACUUAAAUUAGGUUAACAGUCCAAGUUUGGUCACUGGCCGUUAGUCUCCAUUAACUUUUGCUGAUGUGGCGGUCAACUCUUAUAGUUGACCGUUAAAUGAGUGACGGGGCGAUUAAAAAAUUAAUAAAAUAAUUUAAUUUAAUUAUUUUUUAUUUUCCACCUAAUUAUUAUAAAAAUAAAAACCUAAUUCCUUUUAAUUGUUAUUUUCCACCGCCCAUAGCCGUUCCUCUCCCCUCAGGUCGACGACCUCUCCCGGCCGGCCAAGCCCCGCGUGGUGGAGGAGUAGUAGGCGGUGGCGAAGGAGGAGGUGGUGGAGCGGUGGCUUCGUUGGGCGCGUAAUCGUUUAACCCAAAAUGGAGAGAAUUUUUACAAGGACGUCGAGAUCGUCGUGGAUAGGCGUGUCGAUGUCGUCGGAGAGACGGUCGAGGUUGCCGGCGGACCAGCGGAGGGUGACUGUUCCGGUGAACAUGGACCACAAUGCCAAGAGAAGAAUGGCAGCUAAGGCCCAGAACUUGUACCUGCCUUUCCCGAAGAGAGAGGAAUCGGAAUUGUCCUUCUUCAACAAGCUGCCCGUCGCCGUCGAUCUUGGAAGAGAAUCGUCAUCCUUCAUCUCGAUUCUGCUCCGAUCCGGAUGCUGGAAAUUUUCUCUGGCUCCAACCGAAUCGAUCGCAAAUGGAAAGUGUCAGUAUCGGAAUUUGCCCAGAAACUCGAACCCAAACCCUCCGCCGCCACCAAAUAGCAAGGAGGAGGAGGAGGAAAUUCGAUACACACAGCGGCGGCGCCGACACCCACUGGACGGUUAGUUCAACAAUGCUGCGACCACCGCCGCCGCCGACCUCCGUUUAAAAGUCAAGGUCAAAGAAAUCAACCCGUCAACCAAACCAUUCUUCCUUCCUCGUUUCCUCGUUUCCUCCCACCUUCCUAAUUCCUUUUUCAUUCCGCAAACUCCCCGAAAAAUAUUAAGAAAAGAAAACUCCACAUUUUUUUUUGUUUUGCUUCUGACGUAAAGAUUCCCACGGUGACAAACUUGAUAGUGGGAAUGAGUUAGUUUUACUACCUCUAAGGGGUCGAAAAAAUCACACUCCCUAUUAAUUAUAGUUAUUUUUAAUAUUAAAUUAGUGUAAUAUUU